AUGGUAAAACAAUGGUGGCAAGGCUAUGUGAUAAAUGGUUCUCCUGAUUUUAUUCUCUCUCAAAAGCUGAAAUUUUUAAAAAGAGACCUAGUCAUAUGGAACAGGGAAGUCUUUGGCAAAAUCAGCACCAGAACAAAUAAAGCUUUGGAAGAACUUCUGAUCCUGGAGCAAGCAACUGAAGGAAGGGUGCAGACUCAAGCUGAAAAGAGUAAGAUCCUGCAAUUGAAAAUGGAGAUACAACAGUUAGCUAAAUCAGAAGAAAUAUCAUGGAGACUACAAGUGGGAGAGGAUAUCAUUGAAGAUAAAGCGCAGGUGAAAGAGGUGAUUCUUGAUUUUUAUCAAGAAUUGUACUCAAAGAAUGAAAACCAGAGACCUGGUGCAAAAUUUGAAGGUCUUGGAAGCCUAAAUGCAGAGGAAAAGGAGAGAGUCUUGAACAUAUUUUUGAGGAAGAGGAAGUGUGGAAUGCUAUAUCAAUUCUUGUGCCCCGGACAAGAGCUCUGGACCCGAUGGAAAGGGGCAAUUGAACUCAAAGAUUUUAGGCCCAUCAGUCUCAUUGGUAGUGUCUAUAAGAUAGUGGCAAAGGUCCUAACUGCUAGGCUAAAAAAGAUUGGAGACAAAAAAAGUGGUGAACCUGGUCUUCUAUUCACGCUGGAUAUUGAGAAGGCUUUUGAGAAACUAAAUUGGCAAUAUCUAAUCUCAAUCCUAUGGCAAAUGAGAUUUGGAGAGAAAUGGAUCGAAUGGAUCAGAUAUAGCUUCACCACAGUGAAGUACUCUGUGCUCGUUAACAGAAGCCCUGUAGGCUUCUUCUCUCCCAAAAGAGGGAUCAGGCAAGGAGACCCCAUAUCUCCCUUUCUAUUCAUCUUAGCCAUGGAGGGGCUUAGUAGAAUGCUGAAAAAGGCCAAGCAGAUGCAAUGGUUACAAGGUUUUGAUGUGGGUAGAAACUCAGGAUUGACAGUUUCUGUAUCACAUCUAUUAUUCGCAGAUGACACUCUUAUUUUUUGUGGGGCAGAUAAAUCUCAAGUUCAGUUCCUUAACCUCACUCUUAUGCUUUUUGAAGCCGUGUCAGGUCUCCACAUUAACAUGUCUAAAAGCAUUAUUUACCUUGUUAAUGUGGUUCCUGAGUUGGAAGAGUUGGCAGAUAUUAUAUAUUGCAACAUUGGUUCCUUCCCUACCUCAUACCUUGGUCUUCCUUUGGGUGCCAGUCGGAGAUCAACUGAAAUAUGGAAUGCAGUUAUUGAAAAGUUUGAGAAAAGGAGAUCUUUCCUAUGGGAAGGUAAUAGCUCCAGCUACAAGUUCCACCUAGUCAAAUGGGCCAAAGUCACACUUCCUAAAACACUUGGAGGUCUUGGGGUCAAAGACCUAGCACUUCACAACAAGAGCAUGUUAAUGAAAUGGCACUGGAGGUAUAACCAAGAAGAUGCUGGCCUUUGGAAGGAGAUAGUUCAAGCAAAGUAUGGGGCUACUAGUCACUGGUGUACCAAUGCUAUCAGAACACCUUAUGGUAGUGGGUUAUGGAAGGGUAUCAGGAGACUAUGGGAUGACUUCUCUUGCAACACAUCUCUUCAGGUGGGAAAUGGGGCACUCAUUCAAUUUUGGAAAGAUAAAUGGCUGGGACACACUACUCAAAAGGAGGCCUUUCCAAGACUAUUCCUAGUUGCAACCAACCCAGAUUCUACUAUUGCUCAAAACAUGGAGGACAACACAUGGAGACUGAACCGGAGAAGAGACCUAAAUGACUGGGAGAUUGAAGACCCAUUUGCAUUUCUUGAAAGCCUUCAGAAUAGCUCUUUCAACACCCAGAGCAGAGACAAACUCAAGUGGGGCAAUAGCAGGGAAGUCACUUAUUCAGUGAGAGCAAGUUAUCUUUAG